AUUUUAAUUCUUUUAUUAGCUCAAUUUAACAUUUCUUUUUUAAAUUAAUUUCAUUUUAAAAAAUAUUUUAAAAUCUUCGGAUCCAUUCAAUUCGGACCCAAUAAGAGGUCCAGAUUUAACCACUCAAUGGCCCGACUUCAGCCCAAUUAGAUCCCAAUAUCUUAUACAUCAUGAUCCAAAGGAUAAUUUCAUAAAUAUGGAGAAACAAGAGGGUAAUAUCGUAAUUUCAUAGAGCCCCAUUUACCCAUUUUACUCCCCCAUUUACUAGCUGCCAUUUCACCUGUAUCUGAAAAAAAACCCUCAAGGCAGCUGUUACCUUUAUCUCCUUCCCUUUUUUUGUUUUUUUAAACAAUAAUAAUAAAAAAUAAAUAAUACCAGGAAAUGGAACUGCUAACCGGCGACCGGCGAGUUCCGAACUCUACUACUGACUUCGCCCAACGCAUAUUUCCUUUCCAGGCAACCGGAAACCUUCUCAUCUCCAAUCCAAUGGCCGUGAUUCACUCUUCAGAUAUCGACGGUCAAAACUUGCCGCCGCAGAAACUCCGUCCUAUCAGGGCAAACGGUAGGUCUCCGUCGAGUUCUCAGGCAAACGAUCUGCCGCUGGUGGAUGGGCUGGACGGGACACUGGAGAAUUUAGGGCUUUUGGCAGAUCAGGUGUGUGGGAUUAGUGGAGAGGAUAGCGAGUAUUUCAAGCCGCCAGUGAAAGCAGAGGCCAGUGAGAUGGUGCUGAAUGGCUUUGGGGUUACUGGUGCUCCGUGUUUGGUAGCGGAAAGUUCGGCGGGAAUUGGGUCGGAUGCGGGUGGAGAGAAUCAGCACCCGAAUGGUGUUAGAGGUUUAUUGGAGGUUGAAUCCAGUUCAUUUUCAGAUGAUGAUUCAUCAGCAGGCAUCAUUAAGGGAUGUGUUAGUCGGAAGAGAAAAAGAAGAACUAGGGAAAAACUUAAGGAUUUUUUGGAAAACUUGGUAUCAAAGGUCAUGGAGAAGCAAGAGCAGAUGCAUAAGCAGUUGAUAGAGACGAUGGAGAGGAUAGAGAGGGAAAGAAUGAUAAGAGAAGAAGCUUGGAAACAGCAGGAGAGAGAGAGGAUGAGAAGGGACGAAGAGCUAAGGGCCCAAGAGAAUGCUCGUAACAUAGCCCUCAUUUCCCUUAUUCAGAAUGUGAUGGGCGAUAAAAUUGAAAUCCCUCAACCUUUAACAGCAAUCACCUCACAUGCAGAGAAACAUGGAGAAAAAGAUGCAAGCAGUAUUUCCAUUCAAAAUGAUUUCAAGUGUGAUCCAAGUAAUAGAAGAUGGCCAGAGGCUGAAGUACAAGCCCUUAUAAUGCUACGAACUGCUUUGGAACAGAAGUUCCGAGCUAUGGGCACCAAAUGCUCUAAUAUUUGGGAUGAGAUAUCUGUUGGAAUGUGCAAUAUGGGCUAUAACCGAACUGCAAAGAAGUGUAAAGAGAAAUGGGAAAACAUCAACAAGUACUUCAGAAAAUCAAUGGAAAGUGGGGGAAAGAAGCGGCACGAAAACAGUAAGACUUGCCCAUAUUUUCAUGAAUUGCACCUUUUGUACAAAAGCGGAUUUGUUAAUCCAGGAAAUGCAAACAUUGAAAAUGAGACCAAUAGUAGUCAGGGGUAAGGGCUAAAAAACCUUACAGGACUGGUUUAAGCACCCGAAAUCUAUAAGAUUGGAUUUUACCUUGAUGUGCUUCUUAGUCAAUUAAGGUAUCUGUAUCAUGUUUGGAUGGAAAUUCCUUGAUUCAUUGGUAUUUGCAUUUUGAUUAUGCAUGGGAAGAGUUCUAUGCCAAUUGUUUGUCAGCCUAACAAGAUGGAUAGAAAGGUUCUCUUUGACAAA